AAUUUUUCUACGCAGCAAAAGGAGAGGGAACUCUCUUCCUUCUGACAUUUCCUCCCCCUUAUCGGAUCCAAAUCCGCCGCCGCCAUGGAAUCCGACUCCGAUUCCGACGCCUCCCACGUCUCCUCCACUCCUCCCAGAGCCCAAAACCCCAACGCUAACCCCAAACCCAGAAGCCCUAAACCCAAACCUAAAAAACCCAAGUCCAGAAAACACAAAUUGGAUCCGAAUCCGCCGCCGCGGCCGCCGUCACCGGAUCCGAACCCUCCAUUUCCCUCACCUAACUUCUCCAUCCUCAACGGAUUAACGGUUAAGAGGAUACAGACCCAACCCAACCCAAUAACCUCUUCCUCAUUUUCCUCCAUCUUUAAAUCUCGAGGGCUCGAUUUCGAUCCCUCUCACUUUGAAAAAGAUAGUAAUUUUCCAUCUACGAGUUCAAAAAAUGACGAGAAGAUUCAUAAUAACAAGCCGAAGAAAGCGCAGCCCAAUUUCAUAGCCUCCUCUAGUUUGCCCCCGGAGGAGCUGAAGCGAUACAAAUGCAGUAGUGAAGGUAAUUUUGUGAGGUUGAAUAUUAAUGGGUACGGGCGUAGGUAUAGUUUUAAGAAAGGGAAUAGGAAGUUUUCGUCGAAAUUUAAGAGAUUUCGUCGGAGAUUUGUUAAAAGGAGUGAGGUUGGUGAAGAGAAAGAUGGUGAUGGUGAUGAUGAGUUUUGGAUGGAGAGUAGAAAACUGGAUUCUGAGGUUGAGAAGGUACUGGAAGAGGUUAGAAGAGAGGUUUCGGACAAUAAUUUGAAGGGUUUGUUGAAGGUUGUUUAUGGGUAUGAUUCGUUUAGGGAAGGGCAGAUUGAGGCAAUCAAGAAGGUGAUUAAUGGGGAAUCAACGAUGUUGGUUUUGCCCACUGGGGCCGGUAAAUCACUGUGUUAUCAGUUGCCUGCUCUGAUUUUGCCGGGGGUGACAUUGGUUGUGAGUCCUUUAGUUGCUUUAAUGAUUGAUCAGCUUAGAAGAUUGCCAUCGGUUAUACCGGGUGCUCUUCUCUCAAGCAGCCAGACAACUGAAGAGGCUUCUGAAACCCUACACAGGCUUCAUGAAGGAAAUAUAAAGGUGCUUUUUGUGUCACCGGAGAGAUUUUUGAAUCCUGAAUUCACAUCGAUGUUUGGGGAUUCUCUUUCUGUAUCCCUCGUAGUGAUUGAUGAAGCUCACUGCAUUUCUGAAUGGUCCCAUAACUUCCGGCCUUCAUUUUUGAGGCUGAGGGCAUCUCUUCUUCGUCUGAAGCUUAAUGUUCAGUGUUUUCUUGCAAUGACUGCAACUGCAACAAAUCGAACUUUACAUGACAUUAUGCAUGCUCUAGAAAUUCCAGAAAGCAAUCUUAUUCAGGCAUGCAAGAUAAGAGAAAACCUGCAGCACUUUGUAACAUUGAGUGGAAACAGAUUGAAGGAUUUACUGCUGCUGAUGAAGUCUUCAACUGUUGUCAACUUGCGAAGCAUCAUUAUAUACUGUAAAUUUCAGGCUGAAGCUGAUAUGGUGUCCAAGUACCUAUGCGACAAUAAUAUCCAUGCCAAGGGUUACCACAGUGGUAUGUUGGCAAAGACUAGGAGCCGCAUUCAGGAACUCUUCUGUUCUAACAAACUUAGAGUGGUGGUUGCAACAGUGGCAUUCGGCAUGGGUCUUGACAAGAGUGACGUUGAAGCGGUAAUCCAUUAUAGCUUACCGGAAAGCUUGGAAGAAUACAUUCAGAAAACUGGACGGGCCGGGAGGGAUGGCAGGUUGUCCUAUUGCCAUCUCUUUGUUGAUACUGAUACAUAUUAUAAGCUGCGUAGUCUUUCAUAUAGUGAUGGUGUAGAUGAAUAUGCAAUCAAUAAACUUCUUUCCCACAUCUUUUCCAAUGAUGAUGAGUUACCUGGGACCAUUUGCUCCUUGAUCAAAGAAUCUGCAUCCCAGAAAUUUGAUAUGAAAGAAGAGGUGAUUCUUACAAUCCUUACACAGUUGGAGUUGGGUGAUGUGCAAUAUAUCCACCUUGUUCCGCAGGUUAAUGUGACUUGUUCAGUGUAUUUUCACAAGACACCUCCUGCAUUGCUUUCUGACAAGGAACCUUUAGUUGCAGUUAUCCUUAGAAAGUCAGAAAUAAAAAACGGCCAUUAUGUGUUUAAUUUACCCACUUUGGCAAAUGACACUGCAGCGACAACCACUGGUGUGUUAAGACAUCUGCAAGACUUAAAGUCUCUGGGAGAAAUAACAUAUGAUUUGAAGGAUCCAGCAUUUUGUUUUGUGCUUGUGAAGAAGCCAGACGAUGUUUUCUUCCUAACCACAAAGCUUGCUAAAUGGUUAUCUGAGGUUGAAAGCUGCAAGGUACAAAAAUUAGAUGAAAUGUUCAAUGUUGCAAGUUUUGCUGUGAAAGAAUGCAAGAGAAUUGAUGGAUGUUCAGAGACUAUGCAUACACCAUGUAUUCGAAGAAACAUAUCAGACUACUUCAGCAGGGAUGAUAACGCCUCUUGUAAUAACUUAUCCUCUAGGCUACCAAAGAGCAGCCGAUUUAUGCGUGCAGACAUAAAGGUGUUUUUGCAGAGCAAUUCACAUGCAAAGUUUACCCCAAGAGCAGUUGCGAGGAUUAUGCAUGGCAUCCCUAGCCCAGCUUUUCCCUCAACAGUUUGGUCGAAGUGCCAUUUCUGGGGACGAUACAUGGAAAUCGAUUUUCCCAUUGUUAUGGAAGCUGCUGCAGUAGAGCUUAUGGAUUUUGUUAAGAAAGGGAAUACUUGAAAACUGUAUUGGCGAAUGUCAGUAUUGUCUGCUUCUACUGGCAUUUCCCGCUGUGCUUACAAACGUGCAUCCUCCUGCAAGGCCUAUGAGGUAUUACUGUGAGGAUCUUUGACACCUACAAAACAACGAAAUCUUUGCUUACGAUUGAUUGACAUAAACUAAACUUCUCCAUCCAACUCUCUUUGUCCUAGUGAAAGCGAACACCAGUAACACACACGGUGGAAGUCUUUUUCCCUGGGGGAUUAGAUACCAAGGAAGCUCUGUGGAAUCAUGUUAGAUGACAAUAUUCGAGCUGUUGAGUUUUGGAGAGAGAUGAGUUUUGUUUGCAACUUAACAACAAGGUCAAUUUCUAGACGUGUUUGAGCU